AUGCCGGUCGUGGCUCGAAUCUGUAACGUGGUGUUCGCAUCGCUAUGGCGACUGUCGCAUGGGUUGGCGAAAGGUUUUUGGUUGCUUGGACGUUUCCCGGGUGGUCUGCUCGAAUUUUCUCAAUUUAAACAGAUGUGUUGCGGAAACAACAACUUUGCCCGCCGCGCCGAGUGCUUCAAGUGCGGUACCGCGCGCCCCGCCGACGCGGGCGGCGGCGGCGGCGGCGGGCGGGAGGAUCGAUAUGGCGGCGGAAGAGACGACAGGGGGAGUGAUCGCUACGGGGGCGGGAGAGGCGAGGACAGGGGCGGGGACCGCUACGGCGGGGCGAGAGGCGACGACAGGGGAGGAGAUCGCUACGGGGGAGGCAGAGGCGACGAUAGGGGCAGGGGGGAUGACAGGGGGAGGGGGGAUGACCGCGGGAGAGAUGACAGGGGAAGGGGGGACGAUAGGCGCGGGGGGGAUGACAGGCGCGGCGGGGACUACGGGUCCCGCGGAGGGGACCGCGACGGGGGGCGCGGGGAUGGGGGCCGGGGGAGCGGAGAUUAUGGCGGGCGCGGUGGAGGGGACUUUGCGCGGGAUGACAGGGGCGGUGGCGGAGGGGGAGGAGGAUCCGCGGGCGGAGGAUAUGGGGGAGGGGGAUAUGGGAAUGACGCCGGGGCGGACAGUGGGGGCGGGGGCGGGGGUGCGCCGGGGGUGAAGCAGUGCGAUGAGAAUUGCCCCCCGGAUUGCGACAAUGCGCGGAUUUAUAUUUCCGGGCUGCCCAAGGACGUCACCGUUGACGAGCUAUGCAACCUCUUCGGCGGCAUUGGAAUGAUCGCGCGCAUCAAGCAGAAGCGCGGGUACAAGGACCAGUGGCCGUUCAACGUGAAGCUGUACACGGACGAGAGGGGGCAGAACAAGGGCGACGGCGUGCUGACCUACGAGGACCCGCAGGCCGCCCACAGCGCCGGUGGCUUCUUCAACGGUGAGCUGGGCACUUGCCUCAGCCAUCCCUUCAGCCUCAUCCAUCCCUUCAGCCUCAUCCAUCCCUUCAGCCUCAUCCAUCCCUUCAGCCUCAUCCAUCCCUUCAGCCGCAUCCACCCUUUCAGCCUCUUCUGUCUCUUCAGCCUCAGCCAUCCCUUCAGCCUCAUCCAUCCCUUCAGCCUCAUCCAUCCCUUCAGCCUCAGCCAUCCCUUCAGCCUCAUCCAUCCCUUCAGCCGCAUCCAUCCCUUCAGCCUCAUCCAUCCCUUCAGCCGCAUCCAUCCCUUCAGCCUCAUCCAUCCCUUCAGCCUCAGCCAUCCCUUCAGCCUCAUACAUCCCUUCAGCCGCAUCCAUCCCUUCAGCCUCAUCCAUCCCUUCAGCCUCAGCCAUCCCUUCAGCCUCAGCCAUCCCUUCAGCCUCAUCCAUCCCUUCAGCCUCAGCCAUCCCUUCAGCCUCAGCCAUCCCUUCAGCCUCAUCCAUCCCUUCAGCCUCAUCCAUCCUUUCAGCCUCAUCCAUCCCUUCAGCCUCAUCCAUCCCUUCAGCCUCAUCCAUCCCUUCAGCCGCAUCCAUCCCUUCAGCCUCAUCCAUCCCUUCAGCCUCAUCCAUCCCUUCAGCCGCAUCCACCCUUUCAGCCUCAUCCAGCCCUUCAGCCGCAUCCACCCUUUCAGCCUCAUCCAUCCCUUCAGCCUCAUCCAUCCCUUCAGCCGCAUCCACCCUUUCAGCCUCAUCCAUCCCUUCAGCCGCAUCCACCCUUUCAGCCUCAUCUGUCUCUUUCUCCCGUUUCUGCUUGUCCCUUCCCUCGCACUCCCCGUUUGCUUCCUCCUCUCCGUCUCCUCCUCUCCGUCUCCUCCUCUCCGUCUCCUCCUCUCCGUCUCCUCCUCUCCGUCUCCUCCUCUCCGUCUCCUCCUCUCCGUCUCCUCUCCGUCUCCUCCUCUCCGUCUCCUCCUCUCCGUCUCCUCCUCUCCGUCUCCUCCUCUCCGUCUCCUCCUCUCCGCUUCUCUCUCAGACCUCGCUUCCCAUCCCUCUCCUGCCUCUCUCCCGCCCCUCCUUUCCCCUCUCUCCCGCCCCUCCUUUCCCCUCUCUCCUGCUUCUCCCUUUCCUCCCCGCUUUCCUCCUCCCCCAGGUCACACCCUGCGCGGCAGCACCAUCAAGGUGGGAAUGGCGGAGAAGUCAGCACCACAGCCGGGAGGAGAACUCACCUCUGCGUGUCCUCACCCCCCCUUCUCCCCCCUUCUUUCCCCUCGCCUCCCCUUCGUCCCUUUCCCCCCCCCCCCCUCCCCAGGCCACACCCUGCGCGGCAGCACCAUCAAGGUGGGAAUGGCGGAGAAGUCAGCACCACGGCCGGGAGGAGGAGGCGGACGAGGAGGGUGA